UACACAGCUGACCAUGACUCUUCAAUGUGCAUCAUGUGACCAGAGGAGUAGUUGGAGCAGCCAGCCAAACAUUGGCCCUUAUGCCGCGGGCAACAUCCUGCUAUCUGCUGGCAUCCUCUUCGCUGGCGCAUCUUCUGGCAAGGUGUUGCAAGUGCUGAACAGCAUCGGAGUGGUCACGUAUGUGAAGAGGACAUUUUUCAACCACCAGGAGCUCAUCCUGCAGCCAGCCAUCAAAAAGGUGUGGGAGGAACAGCAACGGACGCACCUCACCAUGCUGCAGGUGGAAGGCCGACCCCUCGUCCUUGGUGGUGAUGGGCGAGCAGACAGUGCCAAGUUUGGUACCUACACCACAAUGGAGCUUGUGGCCAAUGUGGUUCUCGACCUUCAGGUUGUACAGAGCAACGAAUGUCUUGGCAGCUACCAUAUGGAGAUGGAAGGACUGAAGAGGAUGGUGGAGCUGUUGAUCAGCUGGGACCUGGAUGUCGGGGUGCUGGUGACAGACCGACACAGACAGAUCGCUAAAUGGAUUCGCGAAAACAUGCCCAAUACACGGCACUGCUAUGACAUCUGGCAUGUUGCAAAAUCCAUCGGAAAGAAACUGAAGGCCAUCUACAAGCAUAAGGACUGUGAAGACCUGAAGCCCUGGGUGCAAAGUAUAAUCAACCACCUCUACUGGGCAGCAGUGUCUACACCGCCUGGAGAGGGGGAACUUCUGGUUGCCAAGUGGAAGUCUGUGGAGCGACACAUUCAGAACAUCCACAAGGACCAUGGCGACCUCUUCCCAAUUUGUACUCAUGGACAACUGCAACGGCAAAAGAAAUGGCUCAAACAAAGUUCACGCUCAGCAGUGAAACUGGAGGAGGUGGUCAACAACAAGUCCCUGCUGAAAGAUAUCGCCAUGCUGUCGGGUGAACACCAGACUUCCAAGGUGGAGGCGUUCCAUAGCCUUAUCAUACAGUUCGCACCGAAAAUGUAUGUCUUCUCAUACAUCGGAAUGCUGUGCAGGAACAUGCUUGCUGGGCUGCACUGGAAUGAAAACUCGAGCCGCCCUACAGCCACUACACAAGCGGGUGCUGAGCGCUAUGCAGUACGCUACCCGAAGUAUAAAGCAGGGGGCCAUGUGGUCAAGAAAAUCACGACAGAGCCAACAUACCGCUGCGUAGAAUACUUGAUCAGGGAGGUUGUUGCUGGCUGCAGACAGACCCCUGACCAGAGAACACCAGUCAGCGUCACUGUGGAUGUGCCUCCCUUCCUCUGCGAUGAACUGGAGAAGCCAGACAAGGAGGAAGCCAUCGCCAAGCACAGGAGUCGCUUCAGUAAGUGUUAACUGCCCUCCCAGUAACAGUUAGAGAUGCUACCUCAGUAGAAGCAUUUAAGUCCCAUCUUAAAACUCAUUUGUAUACUCUAGCCUUUAAAUAGACCCCCAUUUUUAGACCAGUUGAUCUGCCGUUUCUUUUCUUUUCUCCUCUUCCCCCCACUCCACACCCUCUCCCCCUUGUGGAGGGGUUAUUCCGGUGACCAUGGAUGAAGUGCUGGUUGUCGAGAGUUGGGACCCGGGUUGGACCGCUCGCCUGUGCAUCGGUUGGGGACAUCUCUGCGCUGCUGACCCGUCUCCGCUCGGGAUGGCCUCCUGCAGGCCCCACUAUGGACUGGACUCUUACUAUUAUGUUAGAUCCACUAAGGACUGGACUUUCACAAUAUUAUGUCAGACCCACUCGACAAACAUUGCUUUCGGUCUCCCCU